AUGGAAGCAGUUUGCAAAAUUUAUGAGGAGCAUCUUAAAAAAUUAAAUCCAGAUUUGCCAUGCAUUCAAUACGACAUUUCGGACCUUUUCAAAUUUAUUGACCGUUUGGCUGAUUUGUGCUGUCUGGUUUUGGAUAAAAAUGUUUAUGUGCCUAAGGUUUGUUUGAGCAUUUUGCGUGAUAGUUUUAGGGAUUUUGGAAGUUUUUUUGAACAAUAGGACGG